CAUAUAUAUAUAACGCAGCCUUAACCUGAAUCAAAGAUGCUGUGCAGAAGAUUUAUUUUUAAUUUUACAAAAUAUCACAAAAAUUUAAUGUGUUUACGUACCUUAUACUUAUUUCGACCAGAGUAUCAAUAUUUAGAAAGGAAUAAGCAGCAAACAGCAUUGAGUGAUUGUUUAUUUUUUAAUAAUCAUCAAAACUUUUCUAUGGUUAAAAGAUUCAAAUAUAACAGAAGAAAAUCAACGGUGCAGGAAAGAGAUGAUGAUGACGAUGAUGAUGAAGAAUCUGGCAAUGAUAUGGCUGAUAUGCCACGCGAUAAAAGCACUAAAAUUAUCUCAACCAAAGUAGCAUCCAUGCGAUUAGACUUAAUUGUAAAAGCUGGACUUUCUAUAGCACGCAAUAAAGUGGAACUACUCUUCUACCAAAGUAGAAUACGAUAUAAUGGUCAAAGGGUUCUUAAGAAAAGCAUUAACGUUCAUGUUGGUGACGAAGUUGAUGUGAUCAAAGGACCCAGUCCAAAUAAUCCCAAGUUUCUUAUAGUAGCCCGAAUUGUAAUACUAUCAGCAUCAGGUGCUGAAGAUGGUAUUAAAGUAAAACUAUCAAGGGAUAAAUCCUUAUUAAUAGAAAAUUAUAACGAUCCAUGGAAGGUUCCUGCAAAUACAGCACUUAAUGAAUAACACUAACAAAAUCAUUCUUGUAGAAAAUAAAUUUGUAAUAUAAAAGUGUUUAUAUGUAAAAAAUUUA